AUGUUUGAUCAUGCGCGGAAGCCGUUCAACGAAAUGCCUGCAAUGAGCUACCGUUGUACAGCCAGGUCCCUCAACUCCAUGUUACAGGCCUACAUCGAAUCAAAGUGGUUCGAUGAGGUCAAACAUCUCUUUCGGGACUUGCUUGUGAAGCUAUCACUGAAGCCGGAUUUGGUCAGUUACAACACCAUUAUAAGCACUUACUGCAGGAUGGGAUCCAUUGAUGGUGCCCUUUCUAUGAUCGAUGAGAUCUCCGAGAAUGGGUUAGAGCCCAAUUGUGUUACGGUCAUUUCGCUUCUUAACACGUACUAUAAGAGUGGCUGCUUUGGGGAAGCAAUGGUAUAUAAUGACAAACUAACCGAUGCCAUUCAAUUGCUUUCUGACAUGGAGAAGGAUAAUGUCAUCGACACGUACUGCUACAAUGCCAUUAUCUCUGCUUUCCGCAAGAAGGGAGAUGCAGAGGAAACCAAGAGAUGGUACCGGAAACUCGUGGAGAGGGAUUGCUCCCCUGAUUGGAUGACUAUGUCUACGCUUAUUUCGUUCUUCCGCAAGCAGGGUGAUCUUGAAUAG